AUGUCAUCAAUUGCGCCUCAAAGUGUGAUAAAAUCCCUUGAAGUGGUUGGUGAAAUUUUCCAGGAAGAAAAUAUAAAAAUAUGUGUGAAAGAAUCUGUUAAAGGUGGCCUUAUAACAGGCAUUGCAGCUCUUGUUGGUGGAUUACUCGGUGGAAAGAGUGGUUUAAUUGCUGGUGGAGUAGUGGGUACAGUAGCUGCUUGUUCAAUGACUAAAGAUUUUAAGUCUCUUCUACAAAUUAUAAAUGAAAUGGACUAUGAAAAACAGAAAAAACUGUUUGAUACCAUACAAAAUGUAAUAUCAUCAAUUGACAUGAGUGAUGUAGUCAAAUUGGUGGUUUUAUUAAGCACAAGUCAAUCAAUAAAACAAGCUGUCAUUCAUGAAACUAUAAACUUUUUGCGCAAUGAAAUGAGUCUGGAAAUAUGCCGUAGUUAA